AUGACCAGUCAUGCCACAAACCUUCAGGUCGAGCAAGUUGACAAAGUGCGGAAGCCAGCCCCGAUAGACGAGCUUUCGAUAGACGUCUUUCUCGACAUCGUGCACCUCGUGGUAGACAAUAAACCCAGAGAUGUUACAUGGGUUCGCUUGAUGAUGGUCUGUCGCUCGUGGCGAGCUGCGCUGCGCGACGAUCCAGGACUUUGGUCUCACAUCGACGUCGCAAGGAAUGCUCAUUUCGUCGAUCUCUGUCUACAGCGAUCGCAUGACCGCCCAGUGCAUUUCUGCAAUAGUAAAUGGAGAGCGGCGGGGUUUGCACGCGUCCUGCCCGACAAUCUACACCGCACCCGUAGCCUGGAAAUCAGGGACCACAAAGACACUGAAUUCAGACCCCUGCUAGAGAUACUCUCGAGUUCCUGUGGACCACAAUUGGAGACUCUCGAAUUGCUGCUUCAAAGCUACAAGGGACCAUGCUUAUCCUGCACCAUCCUUCCUACCAACUACCCACUUCUUCGGUCACUCAGCCUACGUCGCGUGGCCAUUACUUGGACUGGCCCCGUCCCGGCGGGCUUGACGAACCUUUCUUUGGAUCUGACGCAGACUAAUCCGAGCGACGCCUGUAUGCCAUCAGAAGGACAGCUACUAGACAUCAUCGAAGCGUCUCCCGGUCUCGAGACGUUGACCAUACAAAUCAGCGAGGGCCAGCUGCGUCCUAUAGCUGUCCGAAGAAGCCCUAUCCUACUCUCGCACCUGAAAUCCUUCGUCCUGUCCGCACGGCAGGAGACCUGGAUUUCAUUGUUGUCACACCUGACUUUAUCGGAAACAACGUACUUGCAGCUCACACCGUCUGGUCCUAUGGCCAUCAUGGAUCGCGAUCAUCCCGUGUCUUCCUUAUUUCCUAUCUGCUACCAGUCAGUCUUGCGCCAAGCGACUCGUGCAAAGACCUUGCGCCUGUGUGCAAUGAGUUCAUGCUUCUUCUUCAAAGUUCAUGUCGAUGUGGAACCAAAUCCAGACAACGGGUUGGUCGCAAUCGAGUACACGGAUGUCGACCUUCCGCCAGCGCUCUUUGGUCCUGCACUAGUAGAUGUUGCCGAAUUGUUCUCUGCAUCUCCAAUCACGUCGAUCGUGCUCUUGGGCCAUGAGGGCGACGUGGGCGAGAAGGACUGGCGUCGAGUCUUCUGCGCUCUACCACAUUUGGAGACGUUACUCCCUCGCGAUUACGGCGGUCUCAAGUCAUUAUGGACAGUGCUUGGGUCCAGACAAGUUGACGGACAGUCCGUGUACUGUCCACACCUUCGAGUGGUCCGCCCUUAUUCUACCACGCUCACGGACACGACAAUAGCAGUCCAUGUCGCCCAGUGCUUACGGUCCCGUGCGGCUUCUGGUCACAGUCUCAGUGUGCCCCUGCUGGAAGAUAUCGUCGGGGGAGCGAAGUACGAUUAG